AUGGACAUCAGUCGUAAACGAAAACUUGACGACGUCGCCAUGGCAGACUCGUCGGAGAACAACCAAGUGAACAGGCCAGCAAAGCAGUGGAAGGCCACAGUCCCCAUGUUGGGAGAUAGGGGGACUGGCGGCAAUGGCUUUAACGAGCAGCGAAACGACAUGCGAUUGAACAGACCACCACAACAGUGGAAAGUCACCCUCUCCAUCCCUGAUACUAGGAGGACUGAGGGUAAGGACACUAACAACCGAGAAGAGAAGCAGAGCGAUACCCACGAAGACGAGGCAUCGCAGGAACAGGAAAAGGACACCACUGUGACGGAAGUGAACUGGACUUCCAAUGAAGAUAAGAUUGCAGAACAGAGGCAGGACGACACUUCCACGAGGGAUGAGGACAAGGAAAGUACAGGAUCGGAACCUCUCACGAUGAAAACAGACUGGACAACUGAUGCAGAGACAACCCCUGAGGACGUGACCGCACCCCUGUCUGAGGAUUCACUUGACGGCCACAAGGAACAGGAACAAAACCAGGAGAGGGAAAAAGUCUGGAUUCCCACCAUGAUCAUGACCGACACAAACAAGGAAGACCUCGGUCCCUAUAUGGCAGCCGGAAUCAUCACCAUCUGUCUACGAAACGUCGACCUAUACACAGUCAAACUCGGCGAUGCCAUCCACCAACAAUACCAUGUGCACCUCAGGAUACAUGAAGCUUUCCAUGAGUGCUGGAAACGUGUGGCCUCCCAUCUUGCUGCGAGAAGAUGCAACAAUCACGGAAUCCCACACGCAUUCCGUACCGAGAAGAGAAAGUACUACUCUUUUAAGUGGCCGGCUGUUUCGUUCAAGAUCAAUGACCCGGAGGAUAAAGAGAAGUUGGUCGGUUUUGGUCAGGAGACUUUUCAGAAUCUGCAUCCUCAUCAUAUUCGCGCCUUGGUCAGGAUGUUCUGCUGCCUGAGAAUCAGAGGGAUGAUGCUCAACAGCCCGAAGUUGCACGAACUUAGACUUUGGGUGAGAUUCGGCUCGAUGUCUCCCCCAAAUGAAUCCAUGAACAUGGCCUUGAACCGAUUCGCCUACUUCGAUCAACUAUGGCGAGCGGCACCUUCAAGGAUGGCGCGUUGGGCAAGGAUAAUGGGCGCAAGUCUUGCAAUAAUGCACUGGAAGUGCAAUCUCGAUGCUCAUGGUGUCAACUUCAAGAUCGCUCGAAUUUCACGGCAUUUCGUAGGUCUGGUGUUGACAAACUUUAAAGGCGUUCAGCCUUUUGAUCAGGAGGCACCUUGCGCACAAAGUCUGGCGCUACGAAUUGUAAGCAAUCCUGUAUGGCCAAGACCAGUCUCUGCGUUUUUGCCCCAACAGACGCAGUGCACUGAGCUCAUUGAUUUUGUAUGGAAGUCUUUCAGUGAUGCAUACCUGUCGGCAAGCAAAAAGCUAUUGUGGAAGCAUGAAUCAGAGCACGUCCAGGGUUUGCCCACUUCGGUAUUGUCGUGGGUAUGUCAACUCGGUGCUAUCUAG